CAAGAAGACGGAAGUUCGCCAUUACAAUAAAUAUCUUAAUAACUGAGAAGUUCAUAGGAUGAGUGCUUUCUGAAAAUUAAUUGUUAAUAAUUAUUGGAGAUACACGUGACGCUGAGGUCCCGGGUUUGGAUACCGCCAUUGCUCUUGUCGCAUAAGUACAAUAAAAUCAUUUUUAAUGAUUGGAGUAUCGAGAGGAGAAAGAGACCGCCUAACCGUUAAAAUUCAUAACAUGAAAAGGAGUGGAUCUAGAGAUUCACCUCCUCCGCGCACAAAAAGAUCCAGAAGCAGUAUGGGCAGAUACGAAGAUAGUUCUGAUGAAAGGAUUACACCAGAGCGUAUUCGUCGGAGGGCAAGAUCGCCCAGUUUAAGGACUAGAUAUAUUUCCCCUCACAGGGAAGAGUACAUGCGAUCACGGGAUAUUCCUGAGAGAUCUUAUUCGUAUAAAGUACUUUGUGUAAGUGCUCUGCACCCAAAAGCCAGCGAUGAAGUAAUAAAAGAUACACUUUACAGAGAGUAUAAAAAAUUUGGUGAUUUAAGUAUUCGAAUAUCUCAUGAUCUAGAUGAGAGGGUAGCCUAGUGUUUCAGAACUGCAGAGGAUGCUCGAGAAGCAAAGCAUAGUAAACCACGUAUAAUUUUAUAUGACAAAGUUGCUUUAGUAGAACCUGUUUAUGAAAGCAACCGAGCUGAAACCUAUCGAAGCCGACCUCGAUCAUUCACUCCAGAAUAUGAAAGAACAUAUUAUGCACGAUCACCAGAACGUCGCAGACCUAUUGAACACUAUGAACGAAAUUAUGGACCUCCCCCUACGAGCAUUGCUCAUAGGGAGUUUCGUCCUAUUGCACACCAUGAAUAUCUUCCUCGUGGACCUCCCAUGCAUCAUGGACCUCCACACAUGCAUCCAGGUCCACCGCACCACUAUGUUCCUCGUCAUCUCAUUCAUGGUGGUCCCAGGCCUCACACCCCAUUUGAAAAACCAAAUAAAAAAGAUAAGUUUCCAAAUUAUUUGCAUCAUGUUCAACCAGAAGAUGAUCCAUUGGCCACCAGAACGUUGUUUGCAGGUAAUUUGGAAAUAAACAUAUCAGAUGAAGAAUUACGUCGUAUUUUUAGUAGGUAUGGUAUUGUUGAAGACAUUGAUAUUAAAAGACCUCCACCAGGCACUGGGAAUGCAUUUGCUUUUGUAAGGUAUCAAACAUUAGAUAUGGCACACCGUGCCAAAGUUGAACUGUCAGGUCAAUACAUAGGAAAAUUUCAGUGCAAAAUAGGUUAUGGUAAAGCUACACCGACCACUAGAAUAUGGGUGGGCGGUCUAGGGCCAUGGACUUCUGUUCCACAGUUAGAGAGGGAAUUUGAUAGAUUUGGUGCUAUAAAGAAAAUUGAAUAUGUUAAGGGGGACAAUAAUGCUUACAUUUUGUAUGAUUCUAUAGAUGCAGCACAGGCUGCUGUUAAAGAAAUGAGAGGUUUUCCUUUAGGUGGGCCUGAUCGUAGAUUAAGGCUAGAUUUUGCUGAUGUUACGCCUGGUGGUCCAUUUCGCCCUAAGCAUGCAUAUCCAGUUGCAGAAGAUAGUGUUGAGUUUAGGCGAGUACCAGAAUAUGAAAGUUACGAAGGGUGGGAAGAAGGUAGUUUCUAUUCUGGUCCUCCUAGAAGUUAUAGAGGCCGUGGUGGACCUUGGCGUGGUACUAGAGGUGCGUACAGGGGAGGAUAUCAUGGUGAAGGCUAUAGAGAAGAGGAUUAUGUCAGUAGACGUCUGCCUCCUGAGUUGGACUAUGAAACUUCUCGCUGCAUUAGGAGAUCAGGUUCUCGGGAGCCUGGAGUUGAUAGAUCUCGAUCCCGUUCACCUAGGCAUAGAUCACCUGAAAGUGAUUCAGAUACGUCAACUCGACGAGGUUGUGUUGGUAGUGGCAUGUUAGCUUCUGCCAGAACUUUACCGGAAGUUGCGCGCAAAUCUACAACAACCUGGCAUGGUGCACUUAUAUUAAAUUCUCUGUUUCCUGCUAAGUUUCAUUUGACUGAUGGUGAUAAUGAUAUUGUGGAAGGACUCAUGAAAGACGAAGAUGGCAAGCAUCAUCUGAGAAUAACUCAAAGAUUGAGACUAGAUCAACCAAAACUUGAAGAUGUUCAAAAACGGAUUGCAACAUCUAGUUCACAUGCGAUAUUUUUAGGUCUUGCUGGAUCUACUGGUUCAAUUUCAAAUGAUGAUACUAGUGUGCAAACUAGGCCACUAAGAAAUCUUGUUUCAUAUCUCAAGCAGAAAGAAGCUGCAGGCGUAAUAUCUUUAUUAAAUAAAGAAACAGAAGCAACUGGAGUGCUUUACUCUUUCCCGCCUUGUGAAUUUUCGACAGAAUUGCUAAAGCGAACAUGUCACAACAUCACAGAGGAGGGGCUUAAAGAAGACCAUUUGGUUAUUGUAGUUGUCAGAGGUGGAACAGCCUAAUCCAUAUUGGUUUUUGGUAUGAUACUGUAAUUUUACUAUUUUUAUAUAAUUUUUGUAGGGCUUUGAAUGAAUCAUUCAAAUAUUUAAUUUUACAAUU